AGCGCUUAUCAUGCGGAAUCCCCCCCUCCUUGUUGGGAAACAGGGCAUUUCUUCGAUCUAGUGUUUUACAAAAUAUUCCAUGGAAUUUUCUAUCCCUUUUCUUUGUUGCUUCUAUAUCAUAUUCUAUUUAUUAUACAUCAAACGCCUACAUGCAUACCUAAAGGUAUGUACCUAGGGUAGGUAUAUUUAGCAUUCUGACAAGCCACAAAAGAGUACAAUACAAAUACAACUUCCGUUAUUCUCAAUUCUCAGCUACCGGAUAGAGUACCUCUUACAAGUUAACAACCAACCCACUGACUGUCCUAGCCACCAUAUCCGAAUCUGACGUACCCUACAUACAGGAGAAAGUCUCACCAACCAACGUUUAUAACCAAACAGAUCUUAGGGCUUCCCUAGCUAGUUGUCACCUUAGCAGCACUAACAAAUGAAAACAAAUGAAUGGCGACAGAUAUGGGGUCCAAGUGAUCCCUCUUGCAUACAGCUAAUCCCAAAUCCCACCAGUUGCCGGUCUUGGAGUAAUGUUUACUUCUUAAAACCAAACAUGAAGUGUCUAGGUACCUGGUACGUCAAUGCUACGUCUCUAGAUGAUGAUGGGUUCGUCUUUAUUACCGUUGUUUAUGCAGUCAUCCCAUCCUAGCAUAUAGAACCAGACACACCCUCACGAUAUAACUCACAACCCGGUAGUACCUACAUUGUAUCAAUGUAUUUAUUGUAUUGUGCCAGUGCUGUCUACGUAAACUCGACGCCGCACCCCAAAGGGGUGCUGUGCUUUAAUUAAGGAAUCGGGCAAGAUUAGGGAUUCGAUCCGAAGUACUUCCGAAC